ACCUCCCCUGCCCUUUGUAUGGUUGUAUUUAUCAAUAAAAGUAUCAAACACGGACUCUUUGUGAAUUUAGGAACGUAACUUAGAUCUAAGUCAACAUGACAAAUAUGGCAUGAAAAACAUCAUCUAAUGAAAAAUUAAAGCUUAUACGGGAGCUUUGCAACUUAGCGUAUGUAUUUUUGUGCAUUAUAAUUUUAAUUAUUUAGCAUUAUCCCCUAUUAUUAUUUAAAUAAAUAAGUCAAAAUCAACCAAGGACCUCACUCUUAAUAUUUAUAUUUGACAGUUAGUAACUAUGACUAUAACUUAGUAUAACUCUAUAAACAUGUAGCAAUAGAGAAUCAACGAAAUUGGGCCACACUAUAAUUUUACAGUUAAUCACCUUACUAUUCUCAGCUAUUCACAGAUAUUCUGAGAUACUUCUUGAUUUAGACAAUUAAGUUAAUUUAAGUCACCUGAGCCUGAAUGAAUUAAUAUUUUAAUAUUAAUAUGAAUUGAUUGAGUAUUGACUAAUACUAAUGUGUUAAUAAAUCAAUGUAAUAUAUGGUGGUUCACUUAUUUUUAAAUAAAUAAAAACAAAGGUUUUAUAUUUUAUCUAAUUCUAUGAAAUUACUAUUAGUAAUCAUUAGGCCUACAAUAUGCUGAUGCAAGCUAACUUUUAGUUUAUAGUAAUAAUAUUUUAAUAUUUUAAAUAUGACAAGACUGUCAUCAAUAAUGAGGCCAACAUAUGGUAAAGGGGUCAUCCAUAAAUGACUUUGCACAAUUUUUGCCAGAAUCUUUUACAUUCUUCCACUCCUUCCAUCAUCACAAAGAGCUUGCCCUUCCUCAAAUAUAACAUCACAAAUCUCCAAUAAAAAUUCCUCCGCCCACUAAUAAAAGAAAAUUGGUCCUUUAGGAACCCUUAAAAAAUUCACCUCCCCAUGGAUAUCACAAUACUGCACCUGUGUGAAAUUUCCCUAGAUCAGUGGUUCUUAACGUGGGGUGAAAGCACCCCCUGAGGUGCGGAAGACCGAGAAAAUUGUAUUAACUGCCUUGCUAGUUGUUGCUGCCUUAAAAAAAUCAGUUUUCAUGCACAUUAAUUAGCAGCAGUAAUUGUUUUUCUGGUGAAUUUUUUUUUAGCAUUACUUGUAUUGGUAAUUUUGUUCUUCUUUAUGAAAGUUAAUUAGAGCAAUAAAACUACAAUAACUUAAUUACUUAUUUAUUUUCAUUUUGAACAUUUUAUUACAAUUUAACUUAUUCUGGUUGGGGGGGGGGGUGGGAGUGUUGCCGGAAAUGUUUUGAUAUUGUGAGAUGGGAUGCAAUGCUGAAAAAAGUUAAGAAUCCCUGCCCUAGAAAAUUUACUAACAUCCCCCAACUGAUAACCUUUUUUUUUUGUUCCAUCUCACUUCAUGUAGUAGCCCUAAUUUUAUGACUCCCAUCUCCAAAUUUCGGCCAUAAAUUCUCACGACUGUCAAUGUCACUGCACCCUGAUUCUCCUUCUCCGUGAUGGCCUGUUACUUGAUUAGAAGCCAUUUUUUGGACAGCGCAUUACUGUACUGAUUCUCUCAAUGAUCGUAUUAUACAAUAAAAUAAUAUAAUUGUUGUAUGAAGGAAUAAUUUUAAAAAAUGUCUUUAAUUUAAUGCGAUUAGGUGAAAUUUAUAUCAAUAAGGCUUUGCUUAAAAUGAGACGUCACAUUGUUUUUAUCCUCCCCUUCCCCCUCUUCACAUAUCACAAAAAUGGGACCCCCCCACCAUUCUAGACGCUUGACAUCAUUUAUGGAUGGCCCCAUAGACAUAGAUUAAAUAUAUUAUAAUUAUAGUAAUCACUGUAAUGAUCUGACUUAUUUUAUUAUUAAAAUUAAACUGCUACAGGCAUCCAAGUUUCUGUAACUGCAGCUAUAUUUAACUUAUAAUUUCAAAUUAUAACAUAGCAAAGUGCAUUAAGUUAUCUUAAAAUCAAAGGAUUAUGUUCCCUAACCCUAGACAUGUUAAAAGUUAUAUCUCCACAAUUUUCUUCUCACCAGAGUUAAUAUUACAAUGAUGCAAGUAGACAGAGGCAAGACUAUCCCAGAACAAUCAUAUCUUUCUCUUAAAGAUGUUAAGCCUGGCAUGAAAAAUCUUCACAUAAUAUUUAUUGUUCUCGAAGUUGGUAAGUCAUUGUAUUAGGUCAAAAGUUAACGGAAAUCUAGAAUUCUUGGAAAUCUACUAGUUAAAUUCACUUAGAUAUAAACCAAAACAAGAAAAGAUAAUUUACAAAAUAAUUUUCCCUUUUUGUAUACAAAAUAAUUUUCUCUAUUUGUACAUCAGAUUUCUCAAUUUCCUUAUAUUGAAAUUUUUUUCCCUUCACAACUAGGAAAACCUACACGUACAAAAGAUGGCCACGAUGUCAGGUCUUGUAAAGUGGCUGACAAGACGGGCUCAAUGAAUGUUUCCGUCUGGGAUGAAGCUGGUCAUGUCAUACAGUCAGGAGAUAUUUGCAAAUUUAUGCGAGGGUACUUCUUGUAAAUAAUUGGCCUGAGAUUUCUUACAAUUAAAAUACAAAUAACAAAACUGUGUAUGAUUCACAGACUUAUUUUAAUGUUCAAUUUUCAUUUAUACAAAGCUGCCGCUAUACUCAUAGUGAAUAGUGUAUGAGUCAGUUUGGCCAACUAAAGAUUUUCUAAUUUGAGUAGUACUUGUCAAUUAAAAUAACGCAGCAAUAACCAAUAAUUUUAUUCACUUUUUGUCUAAGUUAAUUCUUAUCUUUUAGUUUACAAAAAAAAGACUGCUUUUGUUCAUUUUGUUUGAGUUGUCAUCUUUAAUUUUUAUAUUAUUUUCAGUUAUGCAUCAUUAUGGAAGGGGUCCUUAACACUUUACACUGGAAAAAUAGGCGAAAUCUUAAAAAUUGGAGAGUAAGUUAUGUUAAAAUGUUAUUUCGUUCCAUAUAUAACCAUACCGGUAUUUGAAUUUUUGUUUUGAUUGUUAUUAACAUAUAUAAAACCUAAACAAACAUUAACAUACCUAAUGUGUAAAUAUUUUUUAAAAAAAAUUAAAAUAAGUUAUUUUAUUAUUAUAUUUAAUUAUUUAAUUUCACAUAUUCACUUCACAGAUUUUGUUUCAAUUUUAUUGAAAUACCCAAUUUUAGUGAGCCAAAUCCUGAAUAUCAAAAGCUGGUGAGUUCUUGCAGUAGUGAACAUAAACACUUCGUAACGCACUAAUUCCAUCUUCAGCUUGCAUUUCCCAUAACUAGUUAGCACUUUUUAACUUUCUAAUAAUUAACUUAAUUAUUAAGUUUUCAUAUUGUAUUUUCUGUUACUCAAUUGCAUCCACUUUAAGCGCAACAGACACUGUUUCCAAUCUCAGGUAUUUCAUUGUGACUUUCACCCCUGUUUAAUAUGGGUGAAAAGUGUUGGCUAAAAAUUGCAAGGCAUUUGCAAUAUAAUUUGUUGAAAGUUGAAUAACGUGUCCAUAAUAAGCUAAGUUUUCACAGUUACUAACCCAAGUAUAUUUCCAGGAAACACAACCUUUGAUAGAAGUUAUCUGAAGAAUUUAAACUAUAUAAAGAAUGUUAUAGCUGUGAAUAAAGUCACAAGCAUGUUGUAUUUUGUGACCAGUUAGUGCCAGUAACUGCAACAAAAUAAACUUGUAAAUUUAUUUAUUUUCAUAGGAAUCAAGCCAAAGAAAAUCUCCCACAGAAAGUGACCUUAACACAAGUCAAAAAGGGGAAGGUCAGACCGGUCCAGGGUUACAAGGUUCAAAUGUCAGAGCUCAGCUAGCCCCUGUAAAUCAAGGUAAUUGCGUUAAAGGUUAAAGUGACUGGGAUUUUGAAAUGGCUUGAUAUGAGAUUUUAAAUAAAGUUUAUGAUAAAAUAUAAUUUUUAAAAAUAAAAUGUGCCAAAGGCUUUGAGAGGAUCUUGUCUUUUUUUUCCCAGUUAUAUGCGCAGUAUAUUAGGUUUUAUGUGAAUUAUAUCCAUAGUGCUUAAAGACGACUUCCCGUUGUUGCAUUAUAUUCACAGCACUUGGUUACACAUUCUCUGCUUAGUGACGACUUCCCUUCUUGAAUAAUAUUCUUAACACUUGAUGAUGAUUUCUCCUUAUUGCAUAAUAUUCAUAGAACUUAGUGACAGCUUAGAGUUAGAGCUCUGGGUAAAAAGACCCUGUUCCAGAGCUUCGAGCUCCAAACUAAAAUGCAGUAAUGGGGCAUUCUGUUGCCAUGCUUCCCUAAGGUUACUGAAUACAGAUGGCAUUAUGGCUUAACAUUAUCAGUAAAUUAUGUCCAUUUAAAUUAUUUUCAUUGAUGGAGAUACAUGAUAAAUAUUAUCAUUGAAAGGCAUUGAUUUUAUUUUACAGGGAAUGGUCAAAAUUAUAAUCAGCGUCCUCCACCAUCACGUCAAGGGAUGGGGGGACCACCCCAGCGCAACAUCAUGAAUGGCAACAACACCAACAACAGCAUCACUGCUUCCGGUGCGGGUAGGGGAGGAAGAGGUGGCAUUAGGAGAUAACAUUUUAACAUUUAUUUUUUUAAAUUUCAUGUUUCACAAUUGCAUUGGGUUCUUGUAAAAGUUCUGUCAAGCUGUUUUGAAGUUGAAGUGUUCUAAAAAGUGCAUCUUUUUCUGUAGGGAUUGAGUUCUAUUUUGAAACAAGCUCAGUGUGAAUGUGUCGUCCCAUUACAUUAGUGCAGUGACAUUUGGCUGCUGUAAUACAGUAAUUGGGCUCAAUAAAAUCAAAUCUUGUUAAUAGCAUGGUCUUUUUAUUGGUGUUUUUGUUUUUUUCCCAUAAUUCCAUUGGAUUAAGUUUAUUUCUCAUUUAGCUGAAGGGGCUUUGAUAUUUUGUCCUCUGUGCCAACAAUAACAUAGCCUGCGGGAGCAGUUAAGAAAUAUGUUAAAUAACUAACAAAGCAUCUGCUUUUAGGAUAUAACUUGAGUUCGCUAAUGAAAAAUGUUAAUGGAUAAAUUUUAAAAAAAAAUCAAAUUUACCUUAAAGUGAUUUAGCAUAAUUAAGAUUUAGAUUUCUAAAGUUUUCAGUUUUUCAAAGAAACGAUCAUUAUUCAUGUUUACCUAUGCUAUUUAUUUUUAAAACCCAUUAUAAUAAAUAGGACACUUGUAACUUACAAUAGCUUUACAAAAGAUGAAUUGAAAAAAAUCGUUUGUGCUUGCUGUCAUCAUGGUGUAAAUAUAAAUAUAUUGCUGUUACUCUUACCAGGUUUAGCUGCUCAUCAUGCAUUCAUCCUUGUUUCUUUUUUUGAAAAAAAUAAAGUGUUCCAAAACUCAACAGUUAACAUAAUGGCAUCACAUUAUUGUGACAAUGAGACUUGCCUUGUGUGUGUUGGUAUGGCAUUUACAGACCAAGCCGAAUGUAAAAACAUAACUUACUCUCAUUAUUUUUUUAUCUGAGUAUGGAAAUAAAGUUGGCUGUUGUUUCAGUACUGCUAGGUUUGGGCAGUGUUCAUUGGUCGGUGGUUUGUCUACCUGAUGAGUUGGCUGUUGUUUCAGUACUGCUAGGUUUGGGCAGUGCUCAUUGGUCCGUGGUUUGUCUACCUGAUGAGUUGGCUGUUGUUUCAGUACAGCUAGGUUUGUUUAGUGUUCAUUGGUCCGUGCUUUGUCUACCUGAUGAGUUGGCUGUUGUUUCAGUACUGCUAGGUUUGGGCAGUGCUCAUUGGUCCGUGCUUUGUCUACCUGAUGAGUUGGCUGUUGUUUCAGUACAGCUAGGUUUGUUUAGUAUUCAUUGGUCCGUGCUUUGUCUACCUGAUGAGUUGGCUGUUGUUUCAGUACUGCUAGGUUUGGGCAGUGCUCAUUUGUUCCGUGCUUUGUCUACCUGAUGAGUUGGCUGUUGUUUCAGUACUGCUAGGUUUGGGCAGUGC